CGGCGCCGCCGGGUCCUCCUCGAUCCCGUGGUGCUCCGCGUGCGCCCUCGGUCUCUUCCGGUCGCGGGCAACCGGGGCACAGAGGGCGGUCGUGGCGGUCGCGGCGGGCAGCGGCGGGUGGCAGCGGCAGAAUGUUGGCUAUCAGAGUGUUUAGCCUAAUUGGCAAGCGAGCAGUUUCCACCUCAGUGUGUGUACGAGCACAUGGAAGCGUCGUGAAGAGUGAAGACUAUGCUCUCCCGACUUACGUCGACCGGCGUGACUAUCCCCUGCCCGACGUGGCCCACGUCAAGAACCUCUCUGCUAGCCAGAAGGCCUUGAAAGAGAAGGAGAAGGCUCCCUGGAGCAGCCUCUCCAUUGAUGAGAAAGUUGAAUUGUACCGCAUGAAGUUCAACGAGAGCUUUGCUGAAAUGAACAGGAGCACGAAUGAAUGGAAGACGGUUGUGGGCACCGCCAUGUUCUUCAUCGGCUUCACUGCCCUCAUUCUGAUUUGGGAGAAGCACUAUGUGUACGGCCCCAUCCCGCACACCUUUGAAGACGAUUGGGUGGCCAAGCAGACCAAGAGGAUGCUCGACAUGAAGGUCAGCCCGAUUCAGGGCUUCUCAGCCAAGUGGGACUACGACAAGGACGAGUGGAAGAAAUAGAGGAGCUCACCUCUCACCCGUCUGGGCCUCACCUUGCUCCGCCAGAUCCACACCGCCCAGCGUCUUCACUGGAAACAGUCAUGUUGCAUCACCAGUGCUAAUAAACGAGCAGCCUACGUGAA